AUUUUUUUAAGCCCUGCUUUCUGUCUCGCUUUUAUUAAAUUUUUACUUUCGAUCUGUCGUAUCAUCAACAUCUUCUACGAGACUGAACGGGCAACACAGGGCCAACUGCAAUAGCCCACUAUAUUAGUGAUGACGGUGACGGUGAUAUUGUAGUCUAAUGGUAUGGUGGUGCCGUUCCUGACUCUGGAAUGGCAGCCACACUACAACGGAGCGUCAUCACAGCCCUCUCUCCAAGGAUAAAAUUCCGGCAACAUGGUGGUGUCUUAUCCUACUCGAGUAUCCCUGGAGAAGCAUGUUGUAAGCAAGCCGAGAGAACACUGCGUUGCCGGCAACUUUCAGAUCCUAUCGACCGCGCAACGGCGCACACCCUUCCGACGCCCCAGGUGCUCUCUUUCAAUCAGCACAUCUUCGACGACCGGUAUCCCCUCUACUCGAGUAGGCCCUAAGGAUAACAACCAGGAGGCCCCUUCAUUUCCUAUCUUUUCAAACAACACCUUAACACCUCUCUCUUGCCUUCCUCCUGGCUGGUAAUCUGACUGUCCUCUUACGGUACCUGGUAUCUGGGCUUCGGUUCGUCUAGCGGAAUCGAUGGAUCCCUUCUUUUCCACUUGGACGAGCUCCUCCUCGCUUUCCAAACAGCCUCAUUUCGCUUCUCCGGCUUCUAUCAACUUUAAUACCUGGGGUCUAGGAAGCACCGCUCGACUAGGCAUCUAUGGAGUCACCAUCGUUCUGGCUGUCUCGUUUUUGCUACUGCGAAGAUUUCUAAGUGGCGACCCUUUCUUUCCACCUGCUGAUUAUAGAUCCUACAACAUCGUCAAUCGGAAACUAUUCCUGGAACUUUAUGAUGCGGACGAGCUACCGAAGGCUCCCAUUGAAGAAUUGAGAGGUACCCGUCUUACCUUGGCAUGGAUCCAAGCUUUAUGCUAUAGUAGUCUCGUAUCUGUCAAUGCAACUUUGCUGAUCCUGCGAUGUCUACGGCGCGAGAUUAUAACCGACGAGGUCGCUGAGCUUGUUUACUGGACAUUCCUGUCUGCCCUCUUUCUUUACCGGUUCUACCCUAACCCUUAUAGGCCGACAUUACAAACCCUGACAUCCGUGGGGAUUCUUGUACCGUUGCUGCUAAUCAUGGAACGUGAUUUAUUGCCCAAAUUGCUUUUACAUCCAUCACGUGAGAGACUUAUUGAUGUUCGCACUGGGUGGGCGGUAUAUGCUCGACUCGGGUUGACACUGGCUAUCGGCAUCUUGUCUUUGGCUACGCCCCGAGUAUGGUAUCCGGUAGAUCCUUCAGCAGGCGGUGAACCCACUCCCGAACAGAUUGCGUCGCCUUUCAGUUAUGCUAUAAGUUACUAUUGGACAGAGAGCACUAUACGGGUUGCCUAUCGCAGGGAUGUUGAAGUAGAAGACUUGCCACCGAUUCCCGACUAUGAUCGUGGGAAAUUGUGGAGCAAAAUGAUAGUCAAUCAUCAACGGUCUACAACUUUCUGGACUUUGCUGUCACUCAUGAAAUAUGAGUUAUCGCUCAUGACACUCUUUAGUUUCCUUAUAGGUGCUACGCAGUUUAUCUGGCCUCUUUCCAUGAAACAUCUUUUGGCAUAUAUUGAGGGGUCGUCCCAACCUAUUGUCACCCCUUGGAUUUUUGUCGUGGGGAUGUUUCUUGGGCCUCUCCUUGGCGGUGUAGCAUGGGAAGCUUAUGUCUUUCAGUCCAAUCGUGUGGGUAUUCGUGUUAAGGCAGCUCUCACUCAAUCGCUGCUCGAAAAGACUCUGAAAAUCAGAUUUACCGCCGAUUCGGUCAGCAAGGAAGAAAGGCAAGACGCCACCAAGAAAGAUAAGGGAACCAAGAAAGAUAAGGGAAAGAAAGACGAAACUGAAACUGAGGAAGACCAUAAGAAAUCGAGGGUUGGGAGGAUCAACAAUCUUAUGAGUUCUGAUCUGGCUGAGCUAUCCUCUGCCCGGUCUGUUUCCCCAUGUCCUAGCUUGGAGGAAGCUAUUGCUGAUAUACUGCAUUUUUGUAGUGACUUCUUCCUUGUCUUUGGAGGUGUACCAAUUGAGGUAUUAUUCUCCGUGAUUUUUCUCUAUGGACUUCUAGGAUGGUCUAGUUUAGUUGGUGUGGCUAUGAUGAUCAUUACAAUGAUCAUACCUGGAAUGCUUGCGAAACUACUCGCUAAGGUCCAGAGAAGGUCUCGGCUGGCUAGCGAUGCUAGGAUAGAAACGAUGACCGAGACGCUCAACUCUGUUCGGAUUAUCAAAUUCUUUGGUAUGGAGAAAGUUUUCCUAUCGCGAAUCCGCGAGAAGAGAGAGAAUGAGUUACGGCUUUCUUUCCUCUCAAUGGUUUAUUCUUUGGGAUUUUAUACUGUUUCGCACCUGCUGCCAAUCAUCAAUAUGAUCGUUACAUUUGGGAUCUAUACGGAGGUUAUGAAACAGCCGUUGACCCCUAGUUUGACUCUCCUAAAAUUUAGUGUGUUGCUAGCAUGGGUGUCUCACGUCACUCGAUCAUUGAUCUCAGCCUUCAUUGCCUUCGAUCGUCUCGACAAGUUCUUGAUCGAAGAAGAGGAGCUCGAAAGGGCAGAGCAAACCGAAGACACGGCAAAGAGAGAAAUUGGACCAUAUCUCAAGGAUGCGACACUUUCCUGGUCCACGCCUGGAUCAGGAACGGAUGACGGCUUUAGACUUGCUGGUAUUGACGUCGAGUGUGUGUAUGGCGGGCUAACUGUCAUCGCGGGCCCCGUGGGCUCCGGAAAGAGUUCAUUCCUGCUCGGGCUUUUGGAGGAGAUGCGGCUUUUGAGUGGUGAAAGGUUUUUGCCUCGUGGUGAUGGGGUCGCCUACGUUGCUCAAACAGCUUGGUUGCAGUCAUUAACCAUCAAGGAUAAUAUAUUGUUCGGUAGUCCAUAUGAGGAGAGGAGGUACAAUGCUGUUCUCGAGGCAUGUGGCCUAACAGAGGACAUAGAGAAAUUUGACGCGGGCGACCUUACAGAAGUCGGUGAGCAAGGAGUCACCUUAUCCGGAGGUCAAAAGGCACGAUUGGCAUUAGCAAGGGCUGUUUAUUCACCCGCACAAACCGUUCUCCUUGACGAUGUGCUUUCCGCGUUGGACGCUGGCACCAGCAGAUUGGUCUUUGAAAAAUGUAUCAAGGGCGAAGUAUUGGCUGGCAGGACCGUAGUUCUAGUCACACACCAUGUAUCACUUGUUUCACCGGCCGCCAAGAAAAUUAUUGUGCUUGCCAAUGGUCGGGUGGUUUCGGAUAGCAGUCCAGAAGCACUUUCUGAUGAUGCAAUUGAACUCUUGAGAGAAACUGAAGAAGCUGAUAUAGCAGCAAGAGAUGUCGUACCAGGCGAGCCAGUCGAACAGCCGAUAGAAACGGUGGCGCCAAAAGCGAAGCCGAAGGGUUCCGGAAUGCUCGUUGCAGAAGAGGCUCGCAACAAGGGAAGAGUGCCAAAAAAGUUGGUGUUUGAAUAUCUCAAGUAUUUCGGGCCAUUGAUUAUCACAGUUGUCUUGGCUCUCAUCAGUGUGUUGGAUGAAGUAGUCGACUUAGUUGAUACGUUCUAUAUCGGACUUUGGUCUAAUGAAUACUCCAAACCGGGCCCAGUUGACGUUAAGUGGUGGCUGUCAAUGUAUGCAGCUUUGUUGAUUGGGACAUCAAUUUGCAACACUUUGGUCUAUUCUGUUUGGUAUUUCUUCGCCUGGGUAGGGGCAAGGAGAAUCCAUGAGAAAUUGGUAUCUGCAGUAUUGUACUCUCCGAUAAGGUUCUUCGACACUACUCCUGUUGGGAGAAUAAUCAAUCGCCUCUCAAAUGACAUCGCCGCGCUCGAUAAUGGCUUGGGCGCAUACGUAAAGAUUGUAUUCGAUCAGCUGCUCGACAUAGUCUUUAGAGCGGGGGUCAUGACUGGGUUGUUACCAGCUUUUUUGUUUCCUACAAUAUUGGUUUCCCUGAUCGGGGUUACAUGUGGUGAACUUUAUGUUCGUGCCCAAAUAGGUGUCAAGAGAAUUAUCUCUGUCAAAGAGUCCCCUUUGAUUUCGCACUUUGGUGACACAAUAUCUGGUAUUGUCACGAUUCGGGCUUUCUCUUGUCAGGAGCGCUUUUGCAAGGAAAAUAUAAAGAAGAUUGAUGAUUUCACACAGCCAAAUGAGGUCAAUUAUAAUCUGAACCGAUGGAUUGGAAUCCGCACUAGUGCUUGUACCUCGAUCAUUGGUGCUGCUGCUGGGAUCAUAGCUCUUACGACAAAGGGCUCUUCCCCCGGCAUGAUCGGAUUUAGCAUGUCAAAUGCUUUGGCUUUUAGCUCCUCUAUCCUUCUUGCCGUGAGGUAUUUCAAUUUGCUCGAGGUGGAGCUCAAUUCCUUUGAACGUGCCAAGGAGUAUAUCGAAAUGAAGCAGGAGCCUUCAUCAAGGCCUGAAGCUGAACCUCCCGCUGCAUGGCCCACUCAGGGUGACCUCAAGGUUACCGAACUAUCAGUAAAGGUGGGUAUCGUUGGGAGGACCGGUGCUGGGAAGAGCAGUUUGGCUCUUAGCCUUUUACGUUUCACCGAAAUAUCUAAUGGUAGCAUCAUCAUUAAUGGACUGGAUGUUCAGAAAAUCAAUCUCGAGGCUCUGCGACAGCGCAUUACAAUCAUACCGCAGGACCCUAUCCUAUUCUCUGGCACUAUUCGGACUAACCUUGACCCUUUCGGUGGCCUGGAUGAUACAGAGCUUCAGGCUGCCCUUGAUGGAAGCGGGUUGGCGGAGACCGAAUCUGGCUCAGCUCCGAAUAGCAAGCGAAUUGGGCUUGACACCCAGAUUACGUCCGGUGGUGGAAACUUAUCUCAAGGGCAGAGACAACUGUUAGCAUUUGCUAGAGCCCUCAUUCGGAGGUCGAAGUUGGUAAUAUUUGAUGAGGCAACGAGUUCGACUGAUUUGAAAACUGACGAGCGAAUUCAAGAAACCAUACGGACAAGUUUCCCCGAUUCAACCUUGAUAACAAUCGCUCAUAGGCUACGCACUGUUAUGUCCUUCGACCGUAUAAUCGUAUUGGACAAUCUCGGGAAUGGCGGGGAGAUAGUGGAGUUUGAUACCCCAUUCAAUCUGCUGCAGAACUCCGAGGGCAUGCUCUACAAUCUAGCACGCAAGAGCGGGGAGUUCGAAGAGUUGCUGAAGUUAGCAAAAGGACGGGAUUGAGGUCAGACAAUCUGCUAGGGGCUCUAUAGGUUUCCUUUUUUCCUCGGGUAAGCUAUAAGCAAUUAGUGUUUGUCUGGUUUGCUAUAGUAGAUACCUUUUUGCGUUAUGUUUGAGAUUAGACUUUCAUAGCUAAAAUACCAAUAUCACUUCGCUUUCGUGAA